CUCGGCACUGUUACGCGUGUUGUGUGGUCGCUGUGAUUGAUGUUAUUAUCGCUGGUUAGUGCUGCUGCUGCUGCUGCUGCUGGUGCCGUCGUGGCUGAGUCCUUUUUAUGGGAUGGUUGUUGGUUACUCUCUUGUGUGGUAUUUGCAGGGUCGAUUGCUGCUGCUGCUGCUGCUUCUGCAGCUGUGCCUUGUUGCAAUACUUUGUGAAGCGCCAUUUGCGGUCGGUAGAAUAUCAGCUUAGUGUCGGCACCGCUAUUUUCACCGCUCACUGAAACCGGUAUUGUAUUGACUGGACGGCAGAUGGUGCAAAGACCAUGCUGUUUCGCGGCAUUCCCGCCAUGUGUAUUGCUGGUUGUGGCAGCACUAGUUGCACUCGAAUCUCUGGGGAUGGUCGGAUGAUCGUAUUGGACACUAAGCUCGAGAAGAAUAGCACUAUUAUGACUGUUGCUGCUGCUGUUGUUGU